CUGACUUUGAGCAAGCAAGCAAGAAGCAAGCAAACGUCGUUUUUGUGUGUCGCAGAAGUGGAGUGUUCGUGUGUGAUUGAGUGCUGUGAACCGAGCCAGCGAACGAGCUCACUGGCAACCAAGGCAAGAUGGCUGUGCUGAUGGAGACGAGCCUGGGCGAUCUUGAGAUCGACCUCUACACAGAGGAAUGCCCCCAAGAGGCCAUGAACUUCCUCAAGCUUUGCAAGUGCAAGUACUACAACUUCUCCUUGUUUCACCGCGUUGUGAGGAACUUUGUGGCGCAGACGGGCGACCCAACGGGCCGUGGAUCCGGAGGCGAAUCAGUGUGGGGCGAGACGCUCACCGCAAACACACACAUGAACACACACACACACACACACACACUCUCUCUCUCUCUAGUGAGUGAGAGAGAGAGCGCGCGCAUGUGCGUGUGUGUGUGUGUGCGUGUGUCUUCAAUUCACUCUCAUCAUGUGACGUUUACCACCCUCCACCGCGUUCUUGUUUGCGAUCUACAUCAAGCGUUUUUGCGUCAGGCCAUCCGGCACACGAUUGUGCUUGAUGACCCCUUUGAUGACCCGCCUGGUCUGCCCGUCCCGCCGCAGUCUCCGCUCCCGACACGCGAGCAGAUUGAGGCUGGGCUGAUUGGGGAGGACGAGGAGAUCAACGAGUUUGAAGGGAUGGACGAGACGGAGGUGGAGGAAAUUAUGCGCAAACGCGAGGCUCGUGGCCGUGCACAAGUCCUCGAGAUGGUUGGAGACCUGCCUGAUGCGGACAUCAAAGCGCCUGAGAAUGUUCUGUUUGUGUGCAAACUGAAUCCCGUCACCACCGACGACGACCUUCGUCUCAUCUUCUCCCGAUUCGGGAAAAUCCUCAGCUGCGAGAUUAUCCGGGACUGGAAGACGCAGGAGUCGCUGCAGUAUGCGUUUAUUGAGUUUGAGGACAAGGCCGCGUGCGAGGAGGCGUACCUCAAGAUGGAGAAUGUGCUCAUUGAUGACCGCCGCAUCCACGUCGACUUUAGCCAGUCCGUUGCGAAGCUCAAGGACUACAACCUCCCAAAGGGGUGGAAGAUGAAGGGCAGCGCUUCGGCCAAGGUGCGCAGUGGCAUGGGCGGCCGUGAGAGCCGCGAUCGCCGCCCACAACACCACGAAGCGCAGCAGCACCAGCAGCAACACCAGCAACUUCAGCAGCAGCAGGGGCGUGUUCAUCGUGACGAUGACGCCGAUGAUGAUCGCCAUGAGCGGAGAAGAAGGGAUGAUCGCGGCGGAAGUGGCCGGCGAAGCAGAAGCAGAAGCAGGGACAGGAGGGAACGAAGCCAAGAGCGAAGCAGCAGACACCGUCGCCAUCGCAGCCGUAGUCGUGAUCGUGAUCGUGAUCGUGAUCGUGAUCGUGGUCGUGAUCGUGAUCGUGGUCGUGAUCGUGAUCGUGAUCGUGAUCGUGGUCGUGAUCGGCACCGUCGUCACCAUCGCGAUGACCGGCAUGACCGGCGCAGGCACGAGAGGAGACAUUGA